AUGCAGUCCCGCUCUCACCUCACAGUGGCCACCUACAUCCCCCUUCGCCUGCUGUCAAUGGCAGCUGAAAUCCAUCACGCUCAAAGGGGCACUGCACAACUGGCACAAGUACCGGAUGGAGUCGUUCCAUCGUCCACUGCCACCAUUCCUGCUGGCUCAUCCUCUGCGCCUGAACGGCAGGCCCAUCUGCGCCAGAACUGGCAGGUCCAUCCUUUACCUCAACCGGCAGGUCCAUCCUCUGCGCCUCAACCGGCAGGUCAAUCCUCUGAGCCUGAGCCUGCAGGCUCAUCCUCUGCUCCGGCUCUGGCACAAACCUCAGCACCUCCAAUCGCCACUUUGCCAGGCCCAAGUUCGCAUGGGAAAGGACAUGGGGUAAAGGGAAAGGGCAAAGGAAAGGCAAGAGCAAGGGCACCAUUAUUGGAUGAUGAGACCCAGGAAAUGAUGAUGAAAGAUGCCAGUCAUGAUCCGGAACCACCAAAACCGAGACAAAAUGCGCUCAAAAAGAAAAUACCAGUUGUUGACAUCCGCACUCGGCUGAUGCGAGCUUCGAAUGCCAGAAACAAGGGUGGUGACCCUGCAGAAGACGAACCGAGGAAGACGUAG